GUCGGUGGUACAUAUGACGGAGCGCUAUGAUGCCAUGCAUUCGAAAGGACAAGAAACGCUACCGAUGACAGUAGAUACAAAGAACUUGUGUUUAUUGCAAAGCAGGAAAUUUCCGUAGUGGUCAUUGCCUAUGUGUGUCACGAAAUGCUGAAAAUAGAAAAUCAUGUAAACUUGCAGCGUAGGGGAAGGAAGAGAGAUAUAUCACCUGAUUCUGAUGACAGCUCAGAAGAAGACCUGUCAAAGAUAUACGAUUUUAAAAGAAGCAAAGGAGAUGCGAGUGGCCGAGAAACUCCGCAGCCAAGUACAAGCGAAGUGCGUGCUCACUCACCAAUGUCCAUGCCAGAUCUGUCAAAGAUAUACGAUUUUAAAAGAAGCAAAGGAGAUGCGAGUGGCCGAGAAACUCCGCAGCCAAGUACAAGCGAAGUGCGUGCUCACUCACCAAUGUCCAUGCCAGAUCUGGUAAGAAGAU